UAGACUUAGUAAGUAAUGCUAUGGCCUGUGUCUCACUUGACGAGUUCCUCAGAUGCCUCCAGAACCAUCCCCCAUUGCUCCAGCUCAGAGCAGCGCUGCAGAAUGCUCACCAACUCAAGCACAGUCUUUUUCAACUCACACAUCUCUGCAAGUAAGGAGGCGGGGCUCCAGAGCAAAAAUGUGGGCGGGGCUAAACUUAACCGCACACGUGGAUUUUUUAUAGAAGAGAGAACAAAGCAAAGCAUCAUGGCGGAGGAAGUUAGUCAGAGUACAGGGGUAGAGGAGGUAAAGACAGGCGAUGAAGAGCAAGUGGUGACACCGUGGGUGGCCCAUGCUGGCACGGGGGAUAAGGGCAUCGACUAUGAGAAACUGAUCAGACAGUUUGGGAGUCAAAGGAUCAAUGACGAACUCCUGCAGAAAAUUGAGGCUGUCACGAAGAAGAAACCUCACCACUUCCUCCGAAGAGGCAUAUUCUUCUCACACAGAGACGUGGAGGGUAUACUGGAUGCAUAUGCUAACAACAAGCCGUUCUACCUGUACACUGGUCGAGGGCCGUCCUCUGAGUCCAUGCAUUUGGGCCACCUCAUCCCCUUCAUGUUCACAAAGUACCUCCAGGAUGUGUUUGACGUGCCUCUUGUGGUCCAGAUGACGGACGAUGAGAAGUUCCUCUGGAAGGACCUCACUGUAGAGGAGGCAAACAGACUAGCCUUUGAGAAUGCCAAGGACAUCAUUGCCUGCGGGUUCGACAUUAAGAAGACCUUCAUUUUCUCUGAUAUAGAGUACAUAAGUUCUGAGCCCAACUUUUACAAGAACAUCCUCCGAGCACAGAAGUGUGUCACCACUAACCAAGCCAAGGGCAUCUUUGGUUUCCAAGACACUGACUGCAUCGGCAAGAUCAGCUUUCCUGCCAUCCAAGCUGUUCCAGCUUUCAGCACCACCUUUCCCAAGAUAUUCGGCAGCAAGAAAGAUGUCCAAUGUCUCAUCCCCUGCGCCAUUGACCAGGAUCCAUACUUUAGAAUGACGCGUGAUAUAGCUCCCAGACUUGGUUUUCACAAGCCGGCCAUCAUCCACUCCUCGUUCUUUCCUGCCCUCCAAGGUCCGCAGUCCAAGAUGUCCGCCUCUGACCCCACCUCCUCCAUCUUCCUAGUCGACUCCAUGAAUGACAUAAAACAAAAGAUCAACAAGUAUGCCUUCUCUGGUGGGCGUGACACUAAGGAGGAGCACGAGCGACUGGGGGGGAACACGGACAUUGACGUCUCCUAUCAGUACCUGACCUUCUUCCUUGAGGACGAUGAGAAACUGGCCCACAUCAAACAGGAGUAUGAGGCCGGCCGCCUCCUGUCUGGUCACCUCAAGAAGGAGCUCAUCUCCGUCCUGCAAGCAAUGGUGACCGAGCACCAGGAGAGGAGGAAGACUGUCACUGACGACAUGGUGCGCACCUUCAUGACCCAGCGACCUUUGAACUUUAAGUUGGCUAGUUAGUGAACUUUUGAAAUAAAGAGAUUUUAUGAUAUAAUCGAUUCAACAAUCAGAACAAUUAUGUAUACAAUUGAUUAUGUCAUGCUACGUAUAAAAUACAAAAAAUUAUAAACUUCAAAAA